AUGGCUCCAGAUGCUCCAGACGCAAACCUGCAGACAGAUGCACUAGACUCGGUGGACAUCUCGACCACGGACGAGAAGCAGCACAUGGACAGAUACAGUGACAAAAUCCCUUCCAUCAACGUUCACGAGCUGGAAGAGUCCUACCCACACCGGGCGGCACAAUCGUCCGCAGCGCCAUCUGUGCCCGACUUUUUCGAUCCAAAUCUCGAGAUCGACGCUUCGUGGUUCGAGGACGACUCACCGUACCCUGAGGUGCGCUCGGCCGUCGCAAAUUACGACGACCCCGAGAUUCCCGUCAGUACCCUUCGCGCAUGGAUCCUUGGUAUACUCUGGGCCAUUGUACUCCCCGGAAUCAACCAAUUCUUCUAUUUCCGAUAUCCAACCAUUACCGUAGGGCAGGUCGUACCUUUGCUAGUUACCUUUCCUAUUGGCCGUGUGCUGGCCCGCAUCAUACCGCAAUGGACACUUUUUGGCAUACACCUAAACCCAGGGCCCUUUACAAUAAAGGAGCAUGUUCUGGUCACCGUCAUGGCAGGUGUCGGCGCCACCUCAGCAUAUGCUACAGAAAUAAUUGCGGUUCAACGCGUAUAUUAUAAUCAGAACUUUAACUUUCCUUAUCAAUGGAUGCUGGUCAUGUCUACUCAGCUAAUAGGAUUUUCUAUUGGUGGUCUUGCCCGCCGUCUGCUCGUAGCACCCGCUUCGAUGAUCUGGCCAAAUACACUUGUCUUGUGCGCCCUCUAUAACACUCUCCAUUGUGCAAGCAUUGCCAGCAUUGGCUCGCGUGAAGGCAUCAGCCGAGAGCGGUUCUUCAUGUAUGCCUUCCUGGCGGCGACAUUGUGGUAUUUUGUUCCGGGGUAUCUCUUCAGAGCAUUGAGCGUCUUCACAUGGGUCUGCUGGCUAGCCCCAAACAACGUCAAAGUCAAUCUCCUGUUUGGGUACAGCAGCGGGAUAGGCUACUCUACCCUGUCGUUUGACUGGAACGAGAUAGCAUAUAUUGGCAGCCCCCUCGUGACACCUUGGUGGUCCCAAGCAAACGUCUUCGCCGGCUUCCUUUUCUUCUAUUGGUUUCUCGUGCCCGUGCUCUACUUCAUGAAUGUGUGGUAUAGCCAGUAUAUGCCGAUAUCAUCAUCGGCGUCCUUUGACAACACGGGACAUCCGUACAACGUAUCUCGGAUACUGUACUCGAACGCAACUUUCAACGAGGAGGCAUACAAGGAGUAUAGUCCGCUGUAUCUCUCAACGACGUUCGCUUUGAGCUAUGGCCUCAGCUUCGCGACGAUAUCAGCUACAAUCGUACACGCUAUUCUCUACUUCCGCAAGCCGAUCCGCUACCAUCUCUCGCGCUCGCUAUCCGAGCAGCCUGACAUUCAUGCACAACUCAUGUCGCGUUAUCCACAAGGUGGAAUCUGCACCACCCCUCUGCGUCCCUUCCCAGAGUGGUGGUAUGCUUGCAUCUUCGUCGUGACAUUCGUGUUCGCAUGCGUGUGCGUCGAGAUAUGGCCGACGCGCAUGCCAAUCUGGGCACUCAUCGUCGCGCUGCUCAUCGCGCUGAUCUACGUCGUCCCAAUCGGCAUGAUCCAGGCGGUGACGAAUAGACAGGUCGGUUUGAAUGUGAUCACGGAGCUUAUCAUCGGAUAUAUGCUCCCUGGACGGCCCGUGGCGAUGAUGAUGUUCAAGACGUGGGGGUAUAUCACGAUGUCGCAAGCCAUGGUCUUCACCGGAGACCUCAAGCUAGGACACUACAUGAAGAUUCCGCCCCGGUCGAUGUUUAUUUGCCAGAUUGUUGCCACUGUCAUUGCCGGUACAACACAACUCGGGGUCAUGUCGUGGAUGUUCUCAAACAUACCGGACCUAUGUCUCACGAGGCGGACAGAAACGUCCGGCUUUACCUGUGCCAACACAGAGCGUCUAUCGUUUGGGGAGUUAUUGGCCCUUCCCGUAUCUUUUCGAGAGGAAUCUAUUAGUGCGUUUUUCGCUCCACAUCUUAUCGUUCUCUCACCCGCCUUUCUCAGCCCGUUGCUGUAUUUCUUCCUGCUUGGAGCAUUCUUGCCACUGAUCAUUUGGCUAAUCACGAAGAGAUAUCCUGAUACGAUCUUAAACUAUGUCAACUUCCCUCUCAUGUUCGCAGGCAUCAACCUGAUACCACCCGCCACGGCCGUGAACUAUGUCCCCUGGGCGCUGCUUGGCUUCAUCUUCCAGUACCUGCUACGACGGCGAUAUUUUCCCUUUUGGGCCAAAUACAAUUACGUGCUCUCUGCUGCUCUAGAUGCUGGUACAGCUAUCGGGGUGCUGCUUGUGUACUUCUGCUUGCAGUACCCUAAAAACGGUCGCAUUGGCGAGGAUACCAUCAGCCGGUGGUGGGGUAAUACUGUUUUCAUGAAGACAGCGGACUGGAAUGAGAUACCAUUGCGGCAGCUUGCGCCGGGGGAAACGUUUGGACCGACGGCGCGAUGA